AGAGCGCGCACGCACCUCUCGUGGGGGCAGAGAGAAAGAGAGAGAGCUGUGUGAUUUCUCUUUGUACUGGAUGAAGAGUUGAGGCCGGCUCCGCUACUGCUCACUUCUCUUUUUAUAUCAGCAGACAUUGCAUGCUGUAAAUAGCCCAGUAAGCCGGUUACACUUUACGUUUCACCGUAACCGUCGCUGCGUUUUGUUUUUUGGAAGCGGCCGGCGACCACCGAUGUCCCUUUGAGCGAUUUUGGACAACAAAAGCAUCAGGUCCAACGUUGUUUCUUCGGGGGAUUCCAAGUCACACAUUGACCAGUCGGGAUUUUUACAGUGAGGAAAAGCGAGCAGCCGCACAUCCAACAAAGCAGCUUCGCCUUCUUUCUGUCGCCCAUUUCACACUUUCACACCUCGGGGGGGAUUUUGUAUCCCAAAGCGAGCGACCAUGGCUGCUGUAACCAGCCCGGAGACGAGCCCUCAACCCCGGGUAUAUUUCCAGACGCCGGGCGGCACCAAGGAGGAACCGGAGAUCCCCGUUCGGAAGCAGGGACGCGUAACCGUCAAAUACGACCGUAAGGAGCUGCGGAAGAGACUGAACCUGGAGGAGUGGAUUAUCGACCAGCUAACGGACCUCUACGACUGUGAGGAGGAGGCCAUUCCGGAGCUGGAGAUAGAUGUGGACGAGCUGCUGGAUAUGCCCAGCGAUGUUGAACGGGGAGCCAGGGUCAAGGACUUACUGGUUGAGUGUUUUAAGCCUACUGAGGACUUCGUCUCAGAGCUGCUCGACAAGAUCCGAGGGAUGCAGAAGCUCUCCACGCCUCAGAAGAAAUGAUGCGGCCCUCCUCCUCCCCCACAUCCUCCCCUCCACCCUCACCUCUCGUCUUCCUCCCGCUUUUAUAUUUUGAUGUCGUUUUUCUUCCAUUGAGGAUCUUCAUGAAAUACUUUAACUGAAGCUUGUUUCCUCUUUGCGUUACACCCUCCCCUUUGUGUUACUCUCUUCCUUGUCUGGAUCCAGCCCCAUGAAUCGCUUUUAUUUAGAAUUCUUUGUGACUUUCCCUUGUAGAAAAUACAAGUUGGACUUCCUUCCACCAGUAAUGUAAAGAAUGCAUAAUAACAAGUGAGUCAACGGGUUUGAUCCAGGCACUUUCCUUCUCUUUUUCACUCCUGCUCCUCCAUCUCCCUUUUGUUUUGGCUGUACUGCUCUUCCUCGCCCAGCUCUUCUUCCUCCCACCCGCCCUCACACCACCCUCCAUCUGUCUGUCUGAGGAAGAAGAGAAGAGAAGAGGAGCGGAGACGAGAUGAGUCCCAUAAUUACUGAGAGUGGAGUGGCUGAGAGUGGGAAGAGGAACAAGGGAAAGAGUCUGCAACAGCCAAGAAAAGAGAGGAAGGGUGAACGGCGAAGGCGGAAACAGCCAAUCAGCUUGAAGCAGGGCCUAAUUAUUGCUUACGUCUCAAAUGAGAUUCCUUAUUUUAUUCUUAUUUGUAAGGGGGUUAAACUUAAAUGUCCCAGCUCGUAACCAUGAUUCUGUUUUAUACUUUCAGUUCGAGGGCUUGGGGAUAUUCACUUGACCUUGUUGGCGAGGUCAGUACAGUCUUCUCAGAUGAUUCCUCCCGUAGUCAGGCGUUUGCUACAGUGGUGCAUUUAAAGACCGUCUUUCCUUGUGUGUGGAUCUGUUGGAAAAUCUGCACUAUGUCAUUUUGGGAAGAAAAUCUGAAACCUCUGGCCACGAGGAAUAAUGUGUGGUAUCUUUAGUCCAACAAAGAGGGAAUCUGAUUCUGGAAAUACUGGUUGAACCUUUAAAAAAAAAGUCACUGGUUGGCUGUGGUGGUCAUACGGUUCAACCAAUUAUAGACUAAACAUCUUCUGAGGCUAGAGUAGAAGUAGGUUCUCUUUAGGUUGGGUGUGCUUCAAUAGAACUCAAAUUCUUGGGGGAAAAAAGUGUUUUUCUUUCCUCAGAUGCGUAGUGCAGUUGUAAGAGGCUCUGUAGAAGCUGUCCAGCCUGCACACGCAUACAUAUGUACGUCUGUGUUGCUAAAUGCUACAUGUUGCUACAUAAUGUACAGCAACAUUCAUAAUAGGAGUGUUUUUCUGGCCUGUAUAUUCUGCUGUUCUGUACAACAAAUUAGAUUUUUGAAUAGGACUGGUUCCUGGUUUGUUUUUCUGGAUGCAUUUUGUCACACACACACACACACACACACACACACACACACACACACACACACACACACACACACACACACUGACAGUCCGACAGGGGGACCCAGAACAAAGCUGCCUUGUUUUUUUUGUUUCAUCCCCUCUUUGUCUCUUCUCUGCUUUCAUCUUAAAAGUUAUUCAGUCCACUACAUUGUUUUGUGAAUGGCGGGCGUCAGCUCAGAGCAGCCACACACACGUGGAGGCUCUGAAAACGUCUUUGGAGCUCCACGCUGGUGUCGAGGCUUUGUACUGUCCUCUGCACGCCAGUAGAGCCACCAAUGAGUCGUCUGAAUGGGAGGGAUGGAGGCCGCUGUUUUACAUUGAAGCCGUCUAAAUGCAUUCACCCUUCCUUUUCUUCCCUCGCUCACACACGCCACCCUUGGGGCGUAGAAAACGGAAACAUAUUAGCAAACACAGCUGCCACUCGCACAGAUGUGCACGCAUACACACCAGGUGCUGAGGGAGAAAAGGAGAGAGAGAGAGAGAGAGAGAGAGAGAGACAGGUCGGUAGCUGUCACAAGACCUGUGUGUUCCCCAGCUGCAGCUGCCAAUCAUCUCCCAGUAUAAGCCAUCUGUUUCUCAACCUGAGCCAAUCAGAUCAGAGACCGAAGCCUGUCGGCCAAUCGGAGAAGCAUUUGCUGCGAUUCCUGUGACCAAUUGCUAACACCUGCAGAGACAGCAGACCUUCACUGUCUGUGUCUUUCUCUCUCAGCGCCAACACACACACAUACAAACACACACACACACACACAGGCCCAUUUUCAUGGGAGUCAUUACUCCCUGGUGUCGCCCCUCCCCUCCUCCUCCCACCCGUAUUCAUCCUUUUGUCCACCCUCCCUCUUUCCUUUCUUCCGUUUUCUUUCCUUUUUAAAAAAAAAAAACAGAUGUUGCCUUAGGUAUUAUUUAUGUUACACAAACCAAAUAAACGGGAGACAUUCAUUUUUAAAAAGGUAACUGCUAAUGUGUGUUACUGAGCAGAACUGCGGCACGUGGAGCAUCUCGCAUCUUCUGUCGCUCCUUUUCUUUUUAUUGAAAAAACAAAAUGAGAUUCUGUUUUUGUUUUUUUAUUAGAAGUGAGUGUUUAAUACUUAGGCCUUGAUACAGUGAUUUUGUUUAGAUGAAACAAUGUUCCUUACAUUUACCAUUUGAAUACUGCUCUGUUUUUAUUGUGAUCAUGACACUUCUUGAUGCCAUGCCUGGGAUUAACAUAGUCGAACAGAAAUCCAUUCAAAUACACUUUGGUGCGAUUGCUUUUGCCUUCCUGGUGGGGUUUCCAAAUCAAGCACGGUCUGCCUUUACUCUGGAGACAUCGGAUUGUACCAGGCGCUCAAUCAGUAGGUGAAUUUGAGUGGAUUUUCAUUUCUAAAUCCAGGUUUGGAUUUUAACCUUCUUAGACUGUUAUUGAGAAGUCUGGUUUUUUUACUGUUGGGGAAAAUUGCAAAAAAAAAAAAAAAAAAAGGAUCUACACCGAUUAUCAUCAUUGAGGCUAAAUAUAAGAGCUAAACCAUGCAGAUGGAAGGAGUUUUUUGGACAAUGAUUAGAUCAAACCAACAAACAAAUGUAGCAAUAUCAACAACAGGUCUUGUUUUUGCCCAAUUUUGUUACACUUUUAUGCAACUUUAAUAAAAACAUGUAAAAUGGA